AUGGCGUCACAAACAUUCCGGGAUUCCAUCGGCUCCCUGGGCUGGGCGCGCCGCGAACGGGAUGCUCCCGUCAACACGUCCCAACAAAGCGGUCUGCUCAGUUCGCUCCAGUCCCUGAACCCCUUUGGCGACCGCGGAUAUGUCCAGCUGCCCACGACGGAGGGCCAGGGCGCCCCGCUACCGGCGCCCAGCCGGCGCGAGGAGGAAGAAGGCUGGUUUGUUCCACCUCGCGUCCGGACCGAGGCUGCCCUUUACGGCCGCCUACUUCGGCUCGAUCGGCCUGACGCUGUACUUUUCGCUCGGUCUCCAAAGCACGAUCCUCACCCUCUUCUCAGCCAUCGUCCAGCUGGCCGCGCUGGCGUGGUACCUGGUCAGCUACUUCCCGAUGGGGUCGAGCGGCCUGCGCCUGGCGACCAGCUUUGGGGCCCGGAGGGCGGCGGCCUGGAUGACGGGCUGAUGAUGGCGGUUGCGCAGUUGGUCGAGCGAGACUAG